UUGGGGAAAUGAAUAAGACAGAAAUUAGACUUGUAGUUAAUUUUAAAGGUGGUUUAUCCGUAUCUGAUCACAGCAGCAGCAGCAGUGGAGCGGCGCUCUUCCUUUCGCAGCACUACAAAGAGCUUAUUUCCAUCUGAGCUCAACCCGCCCACCUCCGCUGUCUGCUUCUCCGAGCGACAGUUUCUCUCUGUUUCAGUCUGUGUCCACCUCAACCUGAGACUCCGUGGGGCCACAGCCGCCGAGCUCGGUCUGCUUUAUCCUAACACCCGCUCCUGGAGUCGGAUACAUGGAGACAACCUGAGCGGAAAAAGUCUCUUUUUCUUGCGGACCACAUACGCUUCUCCGGGGUUUUUUUUUUUUUUUUUUUUUAAGAAAAACCGAAAACUACUAGAACAUCUGUUGAUUUCCGGUGAACCUUUGGAUAUCUCCCGCAUGUCAGGCUGUGAGAGAUGGAGAACGGGACAAUGGAGGACAUGGAUGUGCUGUGGGAGAAGGUGGAGUGCAAGCGGUACGAGCUGUGUCGCAACAUCACUCCGGCGAAGCUCACCCCCUACCUCCGUCAGUGCAAAGUGCUGGACGAACAGGACGAGGAUGAGAUUCUUAACUCCCUGCUGCUCCAGGCGAAGGCAAACCGCACAAGUCGCCUACUUGACAUCCUUCGCACUAAAGGAGAGCGAGGGUAUGUGGCCUUUUUGGAGAGUCUGGAGUUUUAUUACCCUGAACUUUACAAGUCGGUCACAGGCAAAGAUCCCACAAGACGCUUCUCCACCAUCGUAGUUGAGGAGGGUCAGGAGGGUUUGACCCAGUUCCUCAUGAACGAAGUGGUGAAACUUCAGAAGAAUACCAAAGUCAAGACCCUGCAGAACACAGAGCUCAGCAGGAAGACCCGCACGCUGGAAGACGAGUAUAAGAAGCUACGCUUAGCUAAUCAGGAGCUUCAAGCCUUUCAGCAGAGAUACAACAAGCUAAGAGAGGAGAGGAACACCUACAGCGACGAGCUGCUGAGGGUAAAAGAUGAAAACUACAAACUGGCCAUGAGGUAUGCCACGCUGAGCGAGGAGAAGAACAUGGCUGUGAUGAGGAGCCGAGACCUGCAGCUUGAGAUCGAUCAGCUGAAGCACAAGCUGAACAAAGUGGAGGAAGAGUGCAAGAUGGAGAGGAGGCAGAGUCUCAAGCUAAAGAACGACAUUGAAAACCGACCGAAGAGAGAGCAGAUCUUUGAGCUGGAGAGGGAGAACGAAAUGCUCAAGAUCAAACUGCAGGAACUUCAGUCUAUCAUACAGCCUGGCCCCUUACCUGCGUCAGACAAGGCCAUUCUUGACAUCUUGGAGCACGACAGACAGGAAGCUCUGGAUGACAGACAGGAUCUGGUCAACCGCCUCUACAACCUGCAUGAAGAAGUUCGCCAGGCAGAGGAACUACGAGAUAAGUACUUGGAGGAGAAGGAGGAGCUUGAGCUAAAGUGCUCCACCCUUCAGAAGGACUGUGAAAUGUAUCGCAACCGCAUAGACACUAUCUCAACACAGUUGGAUGAGGUGGAGAAGGAAAGGGACCAGGCAUUUCGAGCCAGAGAUGAAGCCCAGCACCACUUCUCUCAGAGCCUCAUCGACAAAGACAAAUAUCGUAAGCAGAUCAGGGAACUGGAGGAGAAGAGUGACGAGCUCCAUAUUGAGAUUGUACGCAAAGAAGCCAAGCUGGUGACACUAGAGAGUCGCCUUCGACGGAUGUCCAAGGAUAUUCCCCUGGACCAGAGUUUACCGAGGGACAUGCCCCUACCCAUCAUAUCUCAUGCGGCUGAGGAUAAACAAGAAUGGUCCAGCGACGAGUCACCUGAGGACAAGUGCCCGUCUGAGGAGCCACGACUCAAACGUAGGCCCAACCUUAAAGCGGGGAUCCGAGCUAAAUCUCCAGUUUCAGUGUUCAAAGAGCUUCACAUUAACUCAGACGCCAGCCAACGUCCAAUCAACGGUGGAGAUUUCCUGGAUAUUCAGACGCCAAACAUCAACGGCAACAACAACUCUCUCCCUCCCUCACCCAGCUGCCCAGUGUCCCCCACGUGCCCUUUGUCCUCUGCUCCCCCACUUUCCUCUGCUCCGUCACCCCUUCCACACAGCAUAGUUGUGGAGCAGCACAGACAAAAUAUGCUCCGUUACCGUAAUGACAGCAUCCAGUCCAUCGUGGCAGAGCCUCCUGAGAAGGCAUCGCUGUAUCGCCGAGAGAGGGAAAAGGAACAUGACUUCCAGCCCCGCAGCCUCUCUGACUUUGAUAGCGACAACAUGGAAAUGGAGUGUGAAGAUGGCCCUAAUUCUGUGAUCUCAUCAUCCUCCUCUCAUCAAUCAGAGGGUAUGGACGCAUAUGAUCUGGAGCAGGUCAACAAUAUCUUCAGGAAAUUCUCUUUGGAGAGGCCGUUCCGCCCGUCUUUGUCCUCCUUCUCUAGGAUUAGCUCCACCAUAAAACCGGUGCAGGAGCUGCCGUUGCAAGGCGACAACCUCCUGAAGGACAUCACGCUGGUCGGUGGCAAUGAGAGCGGGAUUUUCAUCUCAAUGGUUCAGCCUGGAUCCAACGCAGAGAGAGCAGGGCUGCGAGAAGGCCACCACCUCUUGCUGCUUGAGGGGUACAUAAGAGGGGAAAACCAAAACAUUUCAUUGGAUACCAGUACUCAGGAAGAAGCCCACUGGACAUUGCAGCACUGCUCUGGAACAAUCAAGCUGCACUAUCGAGCCAGUUUGGAUUCAUAUCGCCGGCUCCAGAGCAAUCUGUCCGACGGCACGUUAGCAUCAGGGGACUCCUUUUACAUCAGAGUCAACCUCAACAUCUCUGGACAGUCAGACAGCUGCUCUCUGAGUGUGCGCUGCGAUGAGGUGGUGCACGUUCUGGAUACCAGGUACCUGGGCCGCUGCGAGUGGCUGUGCGUGCGUGUGGACCCUUACACUGGCUUGGACCUGCCUGAGCGUGGCACCAUACCCAGCAACUCUAGAGCUCAGCAGCUUCUCCUGGUAAAGAUUCAGAAGUUCGUGUGUCGAGGUGGCAAAGAAGAAUGUGAAGGCCAUCGCAACAGCAGAGCUAAUUUACAGCCAGAAGAGGCCGGCUCACCUCCUGAUCCUAAAGCCAGCCCUCGUUUGUCCAGAGCCAGCAUCUUCCUCAGUCAGAUCCUGCAGUUUGUCAGCAGGGUGGAUAUCAAGUACAAGCGACUGAACAGCAACGAGCGUGUGAGGAUCAUCAACUCAGCCAACGCAACACUAGCAAGGCAAAGCUUUGAGUUGGCCAGACAAGAAGAUGCUGCUGACCCAGACAACGAGCUGAGCAGCAGUUUGAACCUGAUCCCUUACAGUCCUGUCACCCCUCAGCGGACCCAAAGGCGAAGACCAGUUCUGUUUACUCCAGCAGCACUGGCCAAGACCAUUAUUCAGAAAAUACUGAACAUGGGUGCAGCCAUGGACUUCAACAUCUGCAAACCGGAUACGCUGUCUAAGGAGGAGUUUCGUCUGAAACAGAACGUGGAGCCCUUCAUUCACUACAAGGAGAAACAGGCCACAUUCGAAUGUAUCACCCGGGAAAACAUUGAAGCUGUCGCAGCCAAAGGUAAACACUGCCUGCUGGAGGCCGAGCUGAGCUGUGUCAAGGACCUUCUACGGAGAGAGAUCUAUCCCAUCAUUGUUUACGUCAAGAUCUGUGAGAAAAAUGUCAAGAAGCUAAGGAAGCUGCCUCUGCGCGUGGAGUCGGAAGAUAACUUUGUGAGGUUGUGUCGUGCGAAAGAAAAGGAACUAGAGGCCAUCCCUUGCCUGUACACCACCCUGGAGCCCGACUCCUGGACGGGGACGGAGGAUCUGAUAGGGGUUAUCAAAGACAGAAUUCUGGAGGAGCAGAAGAAGACCAUCUGGGUGGAACAGGACCUCUUGUAGGCCUCUUGUAUUCUAGUCUGUACAUUUAAAUACGUGUGUAGCUAAAUGUAGUAACCCAAACAACUGUAGCUCUUAUGUUAUAUUUAUAGUCAGAGUCAAAAAGGCUUAAAGUGUCUUAAAGACCCAAAUAAAUGCAUUAUGUAUUUUGUAAAAUUGUAACUCAGUUUCUAAAAAUAAAUGGAUUCAAAACCCUUAAA